AAUGGAAGAGAAACAAUAAACCACCCUGAUAGGCCUUUUCACUCGUAUACGUUAUAAUCAUUGUUAAAUUCAUCUAUUAUUCAUUCACAUUGACGAUUAAUGUAAAUAUAUUUACAGAGAGGAAGGAAAAAUAUAAGCAAUGGAACGUUUCCAGGACACUAAGAAAGCUGGCGGUUUCCAGAGAGUCUACAACUUCAAAAAGUCACCAUGAGUCACAGAAAUUUAUCAAAAUAUUUUGUUUUAAUGUGUUGUUUAAUACUCGUGAAAUCAUACGUCAUCUACCAAUGGAAAACAGAUCUGAAUUACCGAAGACAGGUUACAGCAGUGACAGUCCCUGUUGCCAGUCUGUCUGUCUGUGCUUCACAAUGUGCCGCGAAGGCCCAAUGUGUUUCCUUUUUCUUCAAUAUUCGGGAAUUCUUAUGUCAGACAGAGGGAAGAAUCCACCUUUCUUUUGAUGGAAGUGAUGGGGAGCCAUGGCGAUACUAUGAGAUUAAAACCCAGAAUGUUGCCAUCAAAAAGACCGUAUGGAUGAGUACGGAACACAACCCACCCUACCAUGACCGUAAAUACGCUGUGGACGCCAAAGUUGUCCUCGAUGGAUGGGGGUCGCAGUGCUCUCAUACACAGGGAGAAUUCAAUCCAUGGAUUUUAGUUGAUUUGGGGGCCAUCUACAACCCGAAAUACGUCACCCUAUUCAACAGAAUUGAUGACCAGGGUAACCGACUACACGAUGUUUUUGUUAGCUUGGGUGAAACAAAUACCGACUUCCCGGUGGACUGUGGUCAGUACAAGGGUCCUGGUGUGAACGCUGAAGUGGUCCACAUUGUAUGCCCGAACAACGCACGUGGUCGAUUUGUGAAAACUGAAAUUAAGGGACCAAGUUCAACAAAGUAUUUAACCCUUUGUGAAAUUAGAAUUUUAAUAUCUUGAUAACUAUCAAAACUUUGGCUACAAAAUGUAAUGCUAGAAAUCUUUUAUUCUAAAAAAAAAAAUAUUUCAAAUUUAAAACCAGAGAUACAAAUAUAUUCAGUGUUUAUCACUGCACCUGGAUCAUGCCAAAUGGGCUGUCCAGAAAAUGUAUCAAUCUGUGUGCGCAUUAUACUGCACUACUUUGUUAUUUGAAAUACAGUGUAGAUAUUGGACAAAAUAACCUGUAAAUCUUUCCUUAGACAAGUGUUUUGUUGUUGUUGUUUUUUCUAGUUUGUCUGUAAGUUGCAAUAAAUAUAAUGCUAAAAUGGACUUCAUAUUUAUUCAAAUUCUACAGUCAGCAAAGCAUUUGAUCACUGUUCGUUACCGUA